UAUUAAAAAAAUAAACAACUUUAUGUUUUACUAGAGUAUUACAUUUUUAACAUUUUUGUCUGCGCUUAAUAAAGUUAGUUUUGGUGGACAAACCAAGAUGGCGGCGUUCAUGUUGGGUGACAGGUCAUUAAAAUAUGUAUACAUUUGAACAACUAGAGCAAAAUAUAUUUGUUUCACAAUGUCACAAAACCAGUCUCCUGAAAAGAAAAAAGUGCGCAGAAGUUUAUCCCUUUCUAAAAAAAAGACUAAUAGGACUCCCAAAAAUCCUUCUCAAGGAAGCAAUACCUCAAAGUCUCCCUCAAUAAUUGCACUUUUCAAAAAUGCACCCCCUUCAAAGCUGUCAUGUCCGCUUUGUUCAGAAAUGGUUCCCCGAUUUGGAUUGAACAAGCACAUUGAUGAAGCAUGUACAAAAGCAAAGCAGGAAAAUGGGGAUAUUAUCCUGGUUGAGGAUGAAGAUAUCAGGCACUCAAAUUCAUCAUGUGUUAGCCCAAAGCGACCACAACAAACCAAUUUUCAGCUAUUAAAUAGUAAGCUAACUAAACUCCCAUCAGUUCAAACAGACGUGAGUGGGGAUGAGACAAGUGUUUAUUUUAAUAAAAAUGUACCUUUACAAACAAUUUCUAAAGAGUCUGACAUUCCAGAUGUAGUUAUUCCUUUGGGAAACCUUUCUUCCAAGCUUUCCAGAAGAUACCAUACUCGCAGUUUGAAGAGAGAUUUAAUUAAAGAAGUGGAAUGUAAAAAUGACCCCUCUGGCAAUGAUUCUGUUGAGAUUUUGAAUGAAAACACAAAUAGGGUUCAGUUAGAUACCCUACAUAAAGAGGAUGCUUUAGACAAAAUAAGCAUUCCAUGUAAAAAGGAAACCAAAUCUACUGGGGAAGUGUCAUUAUUAACAGAAUGUGUCUGCCAGAUUAAUGCAAUAGAGAAGUGUAAUAGCCAGUUAUUUAGUAUACAUUCACAAAAUUGUCCAAAAUUAUCCUCAUCUACUGAUAAACGUGACUAUCUCAAUUUAUUAAACAAAUCUGUGGACUCUAAUACUACUAAGGUAAAGCACAAAUUGGGUAAAAAUGAUGAACUAAAAAAUAACAGAUGUAAAAAAGCAAAAAUAGUUAGUCAGUCACAAGAUCCUCUAUUACCUGCUGUGCAGUGUGAUGAAUUAAUUUCUUCAGUGGAAGAUAUGAAUGUCCUAGAUGAAUUUAUGAAACCAUUUGAUGACAAAGAUUAUGAGCGCAAGGUAGAGAAUUUAGGAGAUGUGAUAGAAGCAGGAAAUGCUCAGCCACCUGCUAAAGAAGAUGAUAGACAUCCCUAUUACUUAAGGAACUUCCUGUUGGUACUGCAAGCUGUGAUGGCAAAUGAAGAAGACAUGAGUCUCUUUAGUGAAGAGGAUAUUCACACUUUAACAUCAUUUCUUGAGCUUUCAGCUGCUGGACAGAAAUUAUAUGUACGACUUUUUCAACGUAAGCUGAACUGGAUAAAAGUAAACAAAAUAGAGUACACAGAGAUUGGAUCAGACUUGGCUCCAGUCAUUGAAGAACUGGUCAAAAAUGGAUUCCUACAAUCAGAUUCUGAAUUACAAGAGCUUGUGGAAGCUCUGGAUCUUCUCUCUGCCCCAGAACUGAAGACACUAGCUAAAGGCUUUCACUUGUCAAAUCCUGGUGCUCCGAAGCAGCAACUGGUUGAGGAGUUUCUGCGUCUGGGAAAACAACGGUCAAUAUUUGGCAUGAGCAAAAACCAUCAAGGCAUUGCUGCAGUCAUCCUGAAAAAGGCCAAAGCUCUCAGUGGCCAAGCUGUUCGAGUGUGCAGAGCUCGCCGAGCUGUGUUUUCCCGAGUCCUCCUCUUAUUCUCUUUAACGGAAUCCAUGGAGGUUGAAGAAGCUGCAAGUGGAGGACAUACUCAGCUUUCCACUGUCCUAAUGGUUAACAUGGGGCGCAUGACUUUCCCUGAAUACACUGUAAAUAGACCCACUAGGAUAUUCCAGGACAGAGAAGAUCUCAUCAGGUAUGAAUCUGCGAUGCACAAACUGGUUGACAUUGUUGUUGCGAUGACUAAUGGCCAUUGGGAAGAAGCACACUUGCUUUAUCAGACUGCCAGCAAGGACUGGGAUCAGCUGAAGACUGAUCCCUCAAUGAAGUACCACGCAGAACUCCCUGCCUAUCUGCGCUGCUUCACUGUUGGCUGGGCUUAUACCAGAAUUCUGUCGCGAGGAGUAGAAAUCCUUCAGAGACUACACAUUUAUGAGGAAGCUGUUGAGUUGCUGCAGAAUCUUCUGUCACAGCACAUAUAUUGUGCUGAUAGUAGAGGUCGCUGGUGGGAUCGCCUAGCUCUAAACUUACACCAACAUUUAAAGAGCACCCAAAAGGCCAUAGGCUUCAUCAUGGAGGGCUUGUCGGAUCCAUAUGUGCGUACUGGCCACCAGCUCUCCUUGUAUCAACGCGCUGUGCGAAUGAGAGACUCUCCAAGCUGCAAAAAGUUCCGCCACAUGUUUUCAAAUCUCCCUGUGCUCGAUGUGGAAGAUGUCACCCAUGUUACUAUUAAGGGCAAGAUGUAUCCUCAGACAGGAAUGGGCAAAUCAGUGUUUUUAAUGGAAGAUUUGGCUGCGGGAGAGGGAGAAGAGCUCACCCUUUCUACAGUUAUGUGUUCAGUCGAGGAACUUGCUCUAUCCCAUUACAGGGAGCAAGGUUUUGAUCAAGGAAUUCAUGGAGAAGGCUCUACCUUCAGCACUCUUUACGGCUUGCUGAUGUGGGAUAUAAUCUUUAUGGAGGGUAUUCCAGAUGUGUUCCGAAAUGCUUAUCAGGCAUUCCCUUUGGACUUGCACACAGACAGCUUUUUUGAGAACAGACGAGAUGCCAUUGAAAGCCGUCUAAAGCUGAUCCAUGAAUCUUCCACAGAAGUCCUGGCCCAGCUCAUUGCAGAUGUGUGGCAAGCUCAUGAGGGCAAGGUGGCAGCUUUAGUCAGCUGGGAACGUUUCUCUUCUCUCCAGCAGGUUCAGAGUUUGGUGUCCUGCUUUGGGGGACCAUUUUUAAGUGGUGUAUGUAAAAUAAUGUCAAAGAAUAUUAGACACUGCCGGGGAGGGUUGCCAGAUCUGGUUGUAUGGAAUCUACAGAGAAAACAUUACAAGCUGGUGGAGGUAAAAGGUCCCAACGAUCGGCUUUCUCAUAAGCAGAUGCUUUGGUUGCAUGAACUGAAGAAGCUGGGAGCAGACGUAGAAGUUUGUCAUGUUGUUUCUAUUGGCGCCAAGAGUAACAGAGUUGGAUGAUCCAACAAUUCUAGAAAUUCAUGUAGAGGGUUAUAUAAGAUGUUAAUAGUAUAUGGAUUUAUAUAUUAAAUUAAUUUGACCAAUCA